AUGACUUCCUCUCUGCUCCCCACAGAAAUGGUGGAGUCCAUGAAGAGAGUGGCCGGGUUGGAUGUGGAACUAACAGUCGAGGAGCGAAAUCUACUAUCAGUGGCCUACAAAAAUGUAAUUGGGGCGAGGAGAGCAUCAUGGAGGAUAAUCAGCAGUAUUGAACAAAGGGAAGAGAACAAAGGUGGAGAAGACAAAUUGAAAAUGAUCCGGGAAUACAGGCAAACUGUGAGUACGCCCAGAAGUAUGAGUCAUUCUGAGUGCAUUCAUAUAGGACUGGUGCGAGAGAGAUCUGACAUGAUUGGAGAGGCAUUUGAGCUGCAGCACUCUUAAAGCAAUAUGGUAGCAUUUCUACUGGAGAAAAUUGUCAUUGAUAUAAAGUAGUUUAGGCUAAUUCACCUGAAUGAUACCGUUUGUGUAUUGUUGCUUGUUGUGCCUAACAUUGUGCCAGUGGCUGGUAAUUCAUUGAGUUAUUUUUUCUCCUGCAGGUUGAGAACGAGCUGAAGUCAAUCUGUAAUGACAUUCUGGAUGUACUGGACAAGCACCUUAUUCCAGCUGCCAACACGGGAGAGUCCAAGGUCUUUUACUACAAAAUGUACGAGCCUCUUCUCCUUUUCUCGAUGUGUUGUUUGGGAACAGAUGCUUGAUAGAUGGUUAUUGCUGUUUUUUAAUGACCGGGUUAGAACAGUAUUCCACUUCUCUAAUGGCUCUAGAAUAAAGCAUAGAGCAGGGAUUGUGAUUCCUCCUGCUAAAUCCCGAAUUCCUGCUUUUCUGACAUUUAUCCUCCAUUCUUUGAUCAUUGAAACUGAGCUAUCCCCAAGAUGUUUUAGGUUGCCCUGAUCACGUCCCUGAGUUAGGAACAUAGUUGUUUUUCACAUGUUUUCAGGGAGCCUUUGUACAUUUUACACCAUGAUGACCCACUGAUUCGUCUCCCUCUUGCUCUCCCCUCAGGAAAGGCGAUUACCACAGGUAUCUGGCCGAGUUUGCCACCGGGAACGACAGGAAGGAGGCUGCAGAGAACAGUUUGGUCGCCUACAAAGCUGCUAGCGACAUCGCCAUGAUCGAACUGCCACCUACACACCCCAUUCGCCUAGGCCUCGCUCUUAACUUCUCCGUAUUCUACUAUGAAAUCCUCAAUUCACCCGACCGCGCGUGCAGGCAAGUACCUCGCACGGCUCUCCUUGAUAGACUCUCUUGAUACAAGUGUGACAUAAGACCAAUGUUUGUACUGCAGGUUGGCGAAGGCUGCGUUCGAUGAUGCCAUCGCAGAGCUGGACACGUUGAGUGAAGAAAGCUACAAGGACUCCACACUUAUCAUGCAGUUGUUACGUGACAACCUGACACUAUGGACUUCAGACAUGCAGGGAGAUGGUAAGCUGAGUGAGAGCUCCCACACCUGGACUUUUAGAAUGCAUUGAGGAAGUUGGUAAUAUUAUUAAGGGGUAAAGAGCUUUUUGAGAACAUGCUCAAUUCCUCAAUUUCUUCCAGUCUGAGGUAUACUUACAAUAUUACAGCAGUUUGCCUCUGCUAUUUUUUUUGUUAGCCCAUUACAAUGUUUGUAAACGGAUGCUAUCCUACCAGAAAAGUGUAGCACUGGAUCUCCUUGAGGUGUGUGCUAUUGCUUAUUCGGCUCUUUUCAGAGCUGCUGACGUGGAUCAUUAUGCUAACCCUAACGUCUCCCUUCUCCAUCCGUCUCUAACCUAACCUUGUGUCUUUCACCUUGCAGUUUCUUCCGCAUUGCUUAGUGGUCCUUUCCCCCCUCUCUCUGCCCUCUAAAGCUGUAGCUUCUUCAACCUUCAUCUUAUUGUCUGAUUCAUCUCUCACCUCUCUCGUUCUGUUUGUGUAGAGUCCUAAAGGAACAAAACAGCUGUUCAUUUCCCAUAAUCUGUACUUUGUAAGUGUUUUCUGGCCUUGGUUUGAAUCGUUUGUUCUGUCCCCCUUUACUACUAACUCACUGCAACGCCACUCACCCAUUGGUUUGUGUCCUCGGGAAAGUUGUAUAUUCACACACUGUGUCUUAUGAAUAGUCUUUUUACAUAGUGAUUUAAAAUAAAAUCACCUGUCUAUCAGUAAUGCAUUUAGUUAGAAGGUAACCUGAAGCGACUGUCUUUUUCAUGUUCUGAUUUCUACGCGUCUUGGACAGCUGACAGAUUAUUGGGUGUUUGGUACUGGUGUGCGGAGUAUCGUCUUUCAGCUGGAACCAUUUUAGGCCAGGUGAAGGGCAGCUCUGUAGGUACAAGGAGGCCAGGUGAAGGGCAGCUCUGUAGGUACAAGGGGGCCAGGUGAAGGGCAGCUCUGUAGGUACAAGGAGGCCAGGUGAAGGGCAGCUCUGUAGGUACAAGGAGGCCAGGUGAAGGGCAGCUCUGUAGGUACAAGGAGGCCAGGUGAAGGGCAGCUCUGUAGGUACAAGGAGGCCAGGUGAAGGGCAGCUCUGUAGGUACAAGGAGGCCAGGUGAAGGGCAGCUCUGUAGGUACAAGGAGGCCAGGUGAAGGGCAGCUCUGUAGGUACAAGGAGGCCAGGUGAAGGGCAGCUCUGUAGGUACAAGGAGGCCAGGUGAAGGGCAGCUCUGUAGGUACAAGGAGGCCAGGUGAAGGGCAGCUCUGUAGGUACAAGGAGGCCAGGUGAAGGGCAGCUCUGUAGGUACAAGGAGGCCAGGUGAAGGGCACUAGCGUUCUCUGUGGGGCUGCAAGUGUCUCACCAAGUUAGAACGUGGGUUUGUGUGUAGAGUCUGACGCUCUGUUGAUGGAUAGUGCCUGAUCUCCGUAGCUAUCCUAAGAGCCGUGUAUUGUGGAGACUGGACGACUAACAGCAUGGCACCAGUUGUUGAGAGGCUAUAUGGGAUAUCCUGUCUGUCUUUGACUGGGUGACAUUAUCUACAUCCAGUCCCAUAAUUGCUCUGUCAUUCUGUCUGCCUGGCAUCCUGUAGCAUGACACAAAUAGACAGUUGUCUCACUAGCAACGGAAUGCCAGGACAAUAUAGUGGCUUAUGUUGGAAUAGAAUACUUGGGUACAGGUGAGUCUUAGGCAGAUCUGUCAAGAGGGAUUUAAAGAUAGGAUGUUACUGUAUUAGCUAGAUGGCUUAUAAAUCAUGGAAUGAGUAGGCUAUGGGGAAAUUAACAAAUCAAACUUGCUUCUCAAUUAUAAACGGAAGUCAUCUGUCAGGUUGUCAAGUAGAGCCUAUAUAGGACGUUUCAUUUUAAAGCUUUUGAAUUAGUCUAAGAUGUCAUUUUUAUUUGAUUGAAGCACUACAGUAGUUAUUUUUGAUAUGGCCUACAAGGUUGUAGUUAGUGGUUGAAGUUUCACUGCAUGUGCUAAGAUGUUUGUGACGCACUGAAUGAAACCACCACUGGGCUCACUUUGGCCUGUCCACCUUCAACUUUGUAGACUGUAGGUUAAAACUGGCACAGGAGUAAUGCAAUACUUCCACAGCAUCUCAAUAUGUUUGAUGUUUGGGCACUGAGUCUGAUCACCUAGACUAAGUUUGUCUCUCGUGUACAUAACCUGAAAGCCCAGCCCUCACCGUCCGUUUUCUCUUGUUUUCAAGCAGGUGAAGAACAGAACAAAGAGGCGCUGCAAGAUGUGGAGGACGAGCCC